AUGCCGUACGUACCACCUCAUUUACGCAACUCGGCGGGCGGGUCGGCUGGAGGUUCCGCCCCCCCGUCAUCCUCCCAAGGAGGCCGAUCCGAUCCCCCAGGCCGGUACGGCGAUCGGAACGACUAUGGCAGCUUCGGCUCUAGAAGCUACGGCUCUCGAGAUAGAGACGAUCGGAGGGAUAGGGAUGACAGAGGGAGCAGGGACGGCGGCAGCAGGGAUGGCGGCAGCAGCAGCUUCAGCAGCAGCCGUCGGCCGGUAGAGACCCGGGGAAGCGGCCCUCCAGAGCCGGUCUGCCCGGCAUGGAAGCCGUCGGACCGCGUGAUCCGCUUGCAAGAAGACCAGAUCGCCGAGGUCCGCGCGCGGCUGAACGUGACGGUGGAGGUCACGCCUGGCACGGGCGUUGCUCCCGCUCCAGUCGAGUCGUUUGACGACAUGGGCCUGCACCCGAACAUCUCAAAAGACAUCGUGUACCACAGCUACACCAACCCCACGCCCAUCCAGGCGCAGGCCAUGCCUAUCGCGCUCUCCAACCGCGACCUUCUCGGCUGUGCUGAAACCGGCAGCGGCAAGACCGCCGCCUUCGCCAUCCCCAUGAUUCAACACUGCCUGCAUCAAGCGCCUCUGCGGCCGGGCGAUGGGCCUCUGGCGCUCGUGCUGGCGCCCACCCGCGAGCUGGCACAGCAGAUUGAGAAGGAGGUGAAAGCGUUCAGCCUGUCAUCGGAUGGGUUUAAGACGGCCAUCAUAGUGGGCGGGACGCACAUGAGCGAGCAGCGGUCGGUGCUGCGAGGGGGCGUGCAGGUGGUGGUGGCGACGCCGGGACGAUUCAUCGACCAUCUGCAGCAGGGCAACACAUCGCUGGCGCGUGUGUCUUUUGUUGUGCUGGACGAGGCUGACAGGAUGCUGGACAUGGGAUUCGAACCCCAGAUGAAGGAGAUCAUGUCAAACCUGCCAAAGCAGCACCAGACGCUGCUGUUCUCAGCCACGAUGCCGGAGGAAAUAGAGGCGCUGGCGCAGGAGUACCUCAAGACGCCCGUGCGCGUCAAGGUGGGGCGCGUCAGCAGCCCCACGCAGAACGUGACCCAGUCGCUGGAGAAGGUGCCUGAGAAGGACAAGGUGGAUCGGCUGCUGCAGCUGCUGGUGGAGGAGAUGGCCGCUGCAGAGAGCGGGCAGCAGCCGCUGCCACUCACCAUCGUGUUUGUGGAGCGCAAGGUGAAGUGUGACGAGGUAUGCGAGGCGCUGACAGCGCAGGGGCUCAAGGCAGCAGCACUGCAUGGGGGGCGCAGCCAGGGGGAGAGAGAGGCGGCGCUGCUGGACUUCCGCAAAAACACCAUCAACAUCCUUGUGGCAACGGACGUGGCAUCAAGAGGGCUGGAUGUGUCAGGAGUAGCGCUCGUCGUCAACAUGGACCUCCCCAAGGCCCUAGAGGACUAUGUGCACCGCAUCGGGCGAACAGGGCGAGCAGGGGCGUCUGGGCGAGCCGUUUCCUUCUACACUGAUAGGGAUGCGUUUCUGGUGGCUCAGAUCAAAAAAGCACUGUCAGAGGCAGAGGCAGGCAACACCAUGGCGUUCGCGACUGGCAAGGCUGCAAGGAGGAAGGAGAAGGAGGAGGCAGCAGCGUUCCGGGAAAAUCGGGCAGCAACUGCCGCAAAUGUGACGAUGAUAGGGGCAACAGCAGUGAAGAUAGUGGAUCAGAAAUACAAGCACAUGAUUGUGGCUCAAGCAGGACCGGAUAAGGUGGAGGGGGUGGCAGAUGAUGCAUGGGAUGAUUAG